AUGGAAUCCAUAGAAGUACCGAGUACAUCUUCAGCUUUUUCACCGAUAGCGCCGAAUAACUCAAAUUCAAACGAUGUGAGAGCGGCAGAGUCGGAAGACAAACCAAACUUUUCAAUUGACAGCAUUUUGAACUUCAAUGCAGAGAAAACACCGACACAUCCAGCAGAACAUGCAUCUCCUGCGUCUUCUGUUUCGCCGGGACCGAGCCCAGAGAUGGUGAUCAGACCCACGACUAUAGUAGGUGGUAUGAGUACACUAGCCGGUAUGUCGGCGAACUAUGGCUACGCGGCGCCCACGGGUUACGCGUACAACUACGGGAACCAGGCCUUGAGUAGCUGGCCGUCUUGGAUAUAUGCCACGCGGUAUACCAGACCGCCUCUACCAGGCCACAAACCGCUUGGACGCCGACCCCGUAAGCCAGGCGUCGACAGGAAACCAAGACAGGCGUAUUCUUCCAAACAACUCGAGCGCCUUGAAGACGAAUUCAAGAAGGACAAAUACCUGAGUGUGAGCAAGAGACUUGAGUUAUCAAUGGCGCUUAAUCUGACAGAAACACAGAUAAAAACCUGGUUUCAAAAUAGAAGAACAAAGUGGAAAAAACAGAUGACAGCAAGGAUGAAGAUUGCCCAACGCCAAGGACUGUGGGCCAAUCCGUUUUUACCAUCGAUGUACGGCGGCUACCCAGCACCAGCACCGACAGCAGCAUACAGUGGCUACAGUACCUAUCUGCCUGGACCAACCCACGUCCCCAUAGAAUUGGACUCGAGUGCUAAUAACCCGGCAGACCAAUUUAUCUCCAUAACGUGAGGUUAAUUGAAUUAUGAUGUACUGUGGCGGUCCCCUGUGAGGUGCUCAUCACUCCACUUGUUUCCAUCGUGUCUCCCCUGACAUUACUCAAACCACCACUGACUAUUGUAUCCAAUAACAAUUAUACUACACUCG